ACCAAAGCAACACGUGGACCGAGCAGCAGCGAUGGAUCACUCCAAACACUCUCGAAACACUUCUACCGACAAGAAGGACUCCGGGGACACCGGCGGCUCGGUGCUCAACGGACACUUUGACGGGAUGGUGACGCGGGCUCCCGGCGGCACCGGGCGGAGCUCCGCGGCGCCGGCAGCCGAGCCCGGGUCGCGCGUGGCGGCCGCCGGGGUGAUGGAGAGCUGGAGGGACGAGCGCACCAGGAGCGUGGAGGACAACGAGAUGAGCCUGCCGUCCCUGGCCGCCGCCUACACCACCAUCCUGCGGGGGCUCGGGGAGGACCCGCAGCGGCAGGGGCUCCUGAAAACCCCCUGGAGGGCCGCCACAGCCAUGCAGUUCUUCACCAAGGGCUACCAGGAGAAAAUCAUCGACGUGCUGAACGACGCCAUCUUCGACGAAGACCACGACGAGAUGGUGAUCGUCAAAGACAUCGACAUGUUCUCCAUGUGUGAGCAUCACCUGGUUCCCAUCUUCGGCAGGGUUCACAUCGGUUACCUUCCCAACAAGAGAGUUCUGGGCCUCAGCAAGCUGGCCAGGAUCGUUGAAAUCUACAGCCGUCGACUACAAGUUCAGGAGAGGUUGACCAAACAGAUCGCCGUGGCGAUCACCGAGGCCCUGCAGCCGACCGGCGUCGGCGUCGUCAUCGAGGCAACCCACAUGUGCAUGGUGAUGCGCGGCGUCCAGAAGAUGAACAGCAAAACCGUCACCAGCACCAUGUUGGGAGUUUUCAGGGAAGAUCCAAAAACCCGCGACGAGUUCCUGACGCUGAUCCGGAGCUGAGGAGGAAGAAGAAGCUCCUCCUCCUCCUCCUCCUCCUCCUGUUGCCUGGGUUACCUCCACCUGCGCGGACCAGCCGUCGUGUCGCCGAGCGUGUGCGUCAGAGUGUGUGUUUGUGUGCGUUUCCAUCCCACUAAGGCGGUGACAGAGCGUUCACUGUGUUUUUACUCACCGUGGUGUGUUGUGACUUCAGUCUGUUGACUCUCGUUAAUCAAAUAUCAGUCUCUGGCCUCAAAAAACCUCAAAUUCAAGCUGAACUUUUGCUCCUCCUGCAAACACAGAUUUCCUGAUACGACCUGCAGCUGCAUUUAAAUUCCCUUCAAAGUAUAACGUUUCACAAGAGGACACAGCAAAAGGUCCAUUUUCAGAAUCAGAAUCAGAAUCAGCGUCGUCGGUGUGAACAAAUACAGAGAAUUUGCCUGCAGUGUUUUCAUUGCUGUCACACAAAAUAAAACAGCAAUUAAACACGUUACGAAAAGAAAACAAGCGUUUAGCUGCUACGUGUCGCUACAGAGAUGUGGAAAAGAACAAAGUGGACCAGAGUUUAAAUACUGCUAGAGACACAGAAUUAGAUCCAAAACCAGAUUUAAUUUUUUUUAUGUGUAACAUCGACACCAACAGUCCAAAUUGUUUGUUUAAAUAUUUUAAAAAAUAGCAUACAGGAAGCAUAUUCAACAUAAAUUUUAGAAACAAAGCUAAAAAUCUAAAAAAAAAAGCACAAAUCUGGAUCAGCCUGUCUGGAUUGAGAAAAAAAAAGAGGCGCGUCAGUCUUAAGACUCAACAUACAGAUCAUUGUAGCCAGAAGUGCCUUGGUUGGUCGACCAGUUGAUCACAUUUAAAACCAACAGAAGCUGACCAGAGAGAUGAAAUCAUGUGACUGAUGUUGAAUAUUCCAAAUAUGAAGCUUUAACAUUUUAACAGUUGGAGAGAAAAACUGAAGCUGUUACUUUGACUUUUCAUUAUUUUACUUUUGAAUCAGAAUUGUGAAACGUUUGCAGAUUCCAACCUGUGAAAUGCUCAGUUUUAUAUGUUAAUAUCCUAUUUUUUUUUGUCUCCACUUGUUUCCUUGUAAACGACUAAUUGAUGAACUGAGAUGAACAGCUGCAGCCCUCAACAUGACUGCAGAUGUCUGAUCUUUUCACAUGCUUGAGUUUAUUUUGUUGAUGUUGUUGAACGACGCUUGAACACUCUGUCACGCCUUUAAAGAAAAAAACCUUCAAACUUUAUUGUCACAUCUUUUCCUUUUUAACCUCUUAGCUGAGAACAAGUACUAAAACUGCCACCAUGAGGUUUUUAUCUGUACAAACAGAAACCACUAUUUCACUACUGAACAUUUGUUUGCUGUGAAAUCAUCAGGGGGGCAAAUAUGACCUAAAUACAUCCAUCAUCUGUACCCCCUGGACAGGUCACCAGUCUAUCACAGGGCUACACUUAGAGACAGACAACC